AUGUUCUCAAAUCGCUCACUCUUAGUAGCCAGGCCAACUAGCAAAGGACUUUCCAGCAUCAUCUAUUUCCCUUUGGAAACACUUAAGGUUUCCUGACAUUUGAGCCAACAAUGGAUCUGAAGAAAAUUAAGGAUUACAUUUGCUGGCUGCAUUAUCAAUAUCUCCUGGUCACCUGCUGUUAUGUCCUGGAGCCUUGGGAAAGAUCCAUAUUCAAUACUAUCUUAAUUACUGUCGUUGCUAUGGUGGUAUACACCGCCUACGUUUUCAUCCCCAUCCAUGUCUUCUUGGCUUUUGAUUUUUUCUCCCAAGUCUUUGGAUGCCAAACUGAAAACACACUUUGACCCUCCAAGUAGUGACUCAAGGCUUUGCCUUCUCUGGAAAUGCUCUUCCUCCACACUAUUAUACUCAGCUCUGACGAGAUUUUUUGGGGACAUGAUUGUGAGCCUGUUGGAUGAAAUGCGCAUAUCCCACCCCGCUGGCCAUCCCCUCCUCUUGAAUAAAAAGCCAUGCCAUCAGGCUGGUCCUCACAGGAAUGCAUGCUUGUACAACUUCAGUCCAACCAUGAGUCGGUCUCUGGAAUUAGCUUCAAGAACUGAGUUCACACAUGACAGAUUGCAAUCAAAUGCAAGCAUUUGCUCUUUGAACAUAGUUCCCCAUUGGAAGAAACAAUCGACUUGCAUUUUACCUUUCAGUUGUCUGGAUUCACAUUAUGUUAAGUUGAGGAUUUGGGUUUGGUUGAUGUUUUAAUUGGAAGGACACACAGCUGCGAACAUUUUAAUACAAUGAAAUAAAAGGAAAAAUAUGUUAGGUUUUCAAAAGAUUCAAUAACUUUUAAUUUUACAACGGCGCCUGCCUCCCCUAUGUUCCCUAACAAACUAGUAUCUCAAGAAGUAACUUAACAGGGAGUUUAGUUUUAGAGAGAUGGCCUCAUUGUAUUUAAAGGAGGAGAGUAAUUUUUUGAAAGACACACAAUCAGUUGCAGAUGAACGUGGAUCGACCUUUUCUCCUCAGUAAAGCAUUUUCUCCUAUUCUCUUUUCAUGUACGCAUCUUUGCCAAUUCUUAUAAGAAAUAGGUUUUAACACUGGGGACUGGCCACAGAACUAUUGUGUCCACCUCUCUCAAUCAUCAAUCGUUAUAUUAGCAAUACCUUGAAUUCCAGUAUCUUAUUGUUUUUUUUUUAGUUCUACAGGCAAUAAUAUAUAAGGAUACAAGAAAAAGAAUAACAACUGAAAUAUUAACAUUUUUCCCUUUUAAGAUGCCUUGGGUUUCUGCAAGAAGUAAUCUUAAGACUUUCACCUGAUAUUUAUUGGGAUGUUUUUGCAAACUGGCAUUAAUUUUGCUUAAUACCAGCCGAGGAUUGCUUUUUAUUCUGUUAUUGUUCAGCUGAGAGAAAUGCAUGUGCACACAAAUGUGUGUAAAAGUAAUACUCUAAUUGCAAAGGCUCUAAAGCAUGUACAUGGUUGUACUGGGGAUUCAGGACUACAGUACUGCUUCUUUUCAGAAAGCAGAAAAAUUAAAGGGGAUUAUAUUUUAUUCUUGAAAAUGCCAGUAUCGUACUUUGUAUAGAAGGAAUAUAAAUGUCAAAGAGCAAGCUUGCAUUAUCAGUGUAUUCUUGCAGUUCACAAAGCUUGCAGUAAAAGUGGCUGUAUGCAUCAAAUAUCUGCACAAUUACAUACAAUGAAAUAUUUGUCCCUUAUGCUGAUGGCAUUAUAUUGUAAGCUUUUAAAAGCAACUGCUGUAUCUCUCCCAGCAAACUGGACU